AUCCAACUGCUAGAACUGGUGCAGAAAAAGGCCGAUCACUUCAAUUCCCACCUUCACAGCAAGUGGCAACGAACGCAGUGGCACCAGUUUUGAACACAUCUCGUCAAGAAUCACAAAAGCCGGGUCCAGCGUCCCUCACAAAAUCUUGUUCACAUUGUAGCAUUCCCACUACGACAACUACUACUCAAGCACCAUUUAUUUCAAAUAGUGGUAUAAAACCAGCGAUUUCUCAAGAGCCUCAACAAAAUGUCUUUGGUAGCCCUCACGGCAUUUCGCAACAAUUUGGCAACGAACAAAAUUAUCCUCUAAAGCAAGAUGCUGAAUUGUCACAGAAUUAUCCACAAUUAGAUCAAAAUUCAGGCGGAAAAUAUCCUCAACAAAGUCAACAAGGAAGUUCAAACAAUGGACAUAAUUAUCAAGCAAUCACUGGUUUUGCACCACAAAAUAAAGAACAGCAUAAUUAUUCACAACAAGGAGAUAAACUUGAAUUGACUAAUCCUCAAUCACUUAUAAGUAACCAAUACCAAGGUCAAACUUUGCAAUCUGGAAUAAACCGAAAUCCCAAAUCAUAUGACGAGCAGUCACAACAACAGCUGAGACAGCAACACCAACAACAAUACUUUACGGAAAACACCGCAACCAAUUCAUUUGAAUCAACCCAAGAAAACUCCUUACCCAAGAAACCGCUACUGAUAUCAGCUCAGAUGCAAAUAGUUGAUAAAAAUACUGACAUCUAUUACAAACGCCCCGGCGAGAAAGAAGGAUUGCCUGAAAGUUUAACUAAGGAAGAUAUGACUCAACUUCUAUAUACGUUUAAUUACACCGGAGGAUUCCAUGGACACUUCGAACAAGGUUAUACGGAUGGGGCAAAACAAGGUUAUUAUUAUGUUACUGGACGGAAUGGAAUCGGAACCAGAAUCGAUUACGUUGCUGAUGAACAUGGUUUCCGUCCCAAAAUUACACAAGAAGUUCUCGAUUUAUUAUCGGACGAUGUUCCUAAACCGGAAACAGAAAAAGACGCAAAAUAUGGACUUAAAGGCAAUGAAUUCAAAUGGCUCUAUUAUCCACUCGAUUCAAAUCAUGCUUAA